AUGUGGAAGCUCCUAGUCACGCUCCUGCUCGCCGCCGAGGGUAACGUGCCGCCCCGGGGCAGCUGGCUCCCCAGCCCCUCUGACCCCACUGCACGCUGGCCACCCUCGCUCCCGGCCCCCCGGCAGCCUCUCGCCACGUGGGCUGGGAUCGCGCGGAUCCCACCCUGCCCGAAAGGCCACGCGUCCCAUCGGGGCUCCCCCGAGCGGUUCCUGGCCAGGGCUGAAGGCUCGGGGCAGGGGAGCCCUUCUUCUUCCUCCCACAGCCGAGAGGAGCAGGUCCAGGCCAUGCCGGCAGCAAUUCUGCCCAGCAGGGGGCGACAGGCUGGGCGGGCAGGGGUGGCCGAGUGGAGGACGGAGGGCACUGCGGGAGAGGUCCCGAUCCUGGCACCACCGGUCAGACGGAACCGUGUGGCGUUUCCGUCUCUUCCUCCUUCGGAAAGCACGGCAAACGCAGCAGGGGGCCCCGUGGAAUUCACUAUGGCUAAUUCUAAGGGCCCAGUGUUAGACUCCGAGGGGUCCCGCUCGGCACCAGUCGGGGCCCAGCCCCGUCCCAUGAGCCUCUGGCCGCCGGGAACGGUCGGGACGGCGCCAGUGACCCUCUCCCUUGCCCUGCUUGCCUUCCCAGCUAGCGGCUGUGGCCAGCCCACGUACUCCCCCGUGAAGAGAGUCGUGAACGGCGAGGACGCGAUUCCUCACAGCUGGCCGUGGCAGGUCUCCCUGCAGUACCAGGCCGGAAGCGAGUUCUACCACCUCUGCGGGGGCACCCUCAUCGGCCCCAGCUGGGUCAUGACGGCCGCGCACUGCAUCCUAUCCGGCUUCAGCUACAGGGUGGUGCUGGGCGAGCACGACCUCGGCACGGUGGAGGGCACGGAGCAGAACUUCCCCGUGGACUCCAGCAACAUCUUUGUGCACCCCGGCUGGAACGAGAACUGUGUGUCUUGCGGUGACGACAUCGCCCUGAUCAAGCUGUCCGGCACCGCGGCGCUCAAUGACAAGGUGCAGCUGGGGUGCCUGCCGCCGCCGGGAGAGCUGCUCCCCAACUGGUUCCCGUGCUACAUCACCGGCUGGGGAAGCCUCUACACCGGGGGGUCCAUCCCAUUCAUCCUGCAGCAGGCGCUGCUCCCGGUGGUGGACUAUGAGCACUGCUCGCAGCCAAACUGGUGGGGGACCACGGUUUCGAGGAGCAUGGUCUGCGCUGGCGGGGACAUCCGGGCUGGCUGCAACGGGGACUCGGGCGGCCCGCUCUCCUGCCAAGCUGCGGAUGGGAGGUGGUACGUGCAUGGCAUCGCCAGCUUCGUCUCCAUCAUGGGCUGCGACACCCCGGAGAAACCCACCGUCUUCACCCGCGUCUCGGCCUUCAAUGCCUGGAUCGAGACGACCAUCGCCAGCCACUGAGGCGAGGCAGGAGCCCCUCCUCCAGAGCGAAUGUUUCGGCUGUCCGGGGAAUAAUAAAACCUUUCCUGGAAAAA